UUAAAAAUGAAUUUUAGCACCCAGAAUUCAUCUACAUCUACCUAUAGUGUCAAGUAUUGAGGUAUCGUUGGUGGUACAAUAGGAAUUCUCAGUAAGAAGCAUCCACUAGGAGCGAACAUGCAAGCUAAAAGUGCCUCUAGGCAGGAAAGUGGAAUUAGGAUAUAAACAAGGAUUGGAUGAAUGGAAGAAGCCGUAUGAUUCCAAUAACUACUUCUGUACUCGAUCAGAAAUCUAAAUAAUAAAGAUGCAGCUGUUCAAUCAGAAGCUCCAAAAAUGUCUGAUUAUUCACAAGCUGAAGGGGGCAGUAUUGAUCCUGGAAUUAGUUUGGAUAAAAUUUAUGAGGAAGAAAACUAUUUCAAAAGCUCUGAAUUAAAUGACGAUCUGGUUGGAGAUCACCAUUCUUAUGAAAGGCAACUAUUAAUCAGAAACAGGAGUACAGAACAGAGAAGUUUUGAAUUAACUGCGAAACAGUUCAAGCUCAACCAAAACAAAUAAAAGUUUAGAUAGCAAAGACCUAAUCCGAAACCCAAAAAGUACUCAAAGAAUCACUGCUCAUCAAAGAAGUUUGACAGGAAAGUAUUCUCAUCGAAACCAAGGUAGCAAUGCCAGAAUAGAUAAUUUUUCAAAGAGACAAAUAAAGCUGUACCCCUCCUUUCCAAUAUUGACAACCCUAUGCCUUCAGUGGACCUGUCUCCUUCAGAAUCUCCAACCCAGCCAAAGUUACACUCAAAGAAGCCUAAGAGUAGAGACUCAGGAAGACCCUUACCUGAGAAAUAUGAUCAGUACUACAUCACUAAGUAUUCUUUACCAAAGAGGCUCCAUACAGUUAAGAUUCCCAAGAAACUGAAAGGAAGAAAGUCAAAGUCUAGAGUUUAAUAAGAGGAAUCUAUUGAAUUUAAGGAAAAAUCAAAGAAACGAUACUUAUUAUCUAUCGUCAAAGAGAAAGAAUCAACUAAAAGGGUUUAAAGGGUUUAAGAUAAAGUCUUGUGAAGGAAAUGAUUAUAAAAGCGUAUUGCAUUAUACAAGUCUGGUGAUGCCGUUAUCAAGAGGAAUCAUGCCAGAUUUUAUUCUAAAAACUAAAGCUAGAUUGAGAACAAAAUCUUCCAAAGACACAAAGUGUACUAAGAGAAAAGGAUUUAAUAGAACAGGAGAAGUCAGAAUUCCUAAAACAGCUCUUAGAGUUACAAGGAAUAAAGUCAAAGGUCUCAAUAAAAACAAAGCUGCUAGCCCAGAUCUAAAAGGGCAUCAUCUUAAAACAGUUAAUAUCGUUGAUACCAUGAAUUCUAGAGAUCUAUCUACUCUCCAAAAUAACUUUCUACCUAAAAAGAAGGCAGAAUGCAGUGUGAUGCUACCUCGACCGGCCAAAUUUGAGAGUAGUAGUUCAUUGCUCAAAACUAAAUCUCCUUCUCCAUUAAAAACAGCAAAGUAUGAUAUUGGGACAUGCACAUAGCUAAAUAUUUCAACA